CUCUUGAACUAGCCUCCCUCUGACACCAAUGGCGAGGUCUCUCCUGGCCUCCAACUACCACUUAACUGCCAAUUCCCUGCUCUUCAAGCCUCUCUUCUUCCCUCUCUCUUCUCCCCAAAACCCCAAGACUCCGAGAGUUUUCUUCUUUAAUACAUCCCUUCAUCACCGAUUCAAACCGUGUCUCGCCUUAGAUUCGGACGUCCCUUACUCCAGAAGCCAGGAGCCUGGCAAGCGUCUUGGGAGAAGUAAGAGCUUCGAGGAUUGGGAUUGGUGGACGGCAAAGUUCGCCGGAGCGUCAAAUGUGCCGUUUCUGUUGCUACAGCUGCCUCAGAUCACUCUCAAUGCUCAGAAUCUCUUGGCGGGAAAUAAGUCUGCGCUUUUAGCUGUUCCAUGGCUGGGAAUGUUCACUUGUUUGCUUGGGAAUUUAUCUCUGCUUUCGUAUUUUGCGAAGAAGAGGGAGACAGAGGCGAUUGUGGUUCAGACAUUGGGAGUUGUCUCAGCCUAUGUGGUGUUCGUUCAGCUCGCCAUGGCGGAAGCGAUGCCUCUGUCAUAUUUUACGGUGACUUCGGUUGUCGUGGGUGCUGGUCUCGUUCUUAAUUUUAUGAAUUAUUUUAACUUCCUUAAUGGUGGAAUCUGGCAGUUCUGGGAAGAUUUUAUUACUGUUGGUGGGCUUUCUGCACUUCCCCAGGUUAUCUGGUCGACAUUUGUUCCCUUCAUUCCGAAUAGUAUUUUGCCUGGGGCGGUUGCUUUUGUUAUGGCUGUUUUGGCUGUAGUUAUGGCACGGAUUGGAAAGCUUCCAGAGAAGGGCAUAAAAUUUGUUGGAUCCAUAUCUGGAUGGACGGCAACACUACUCUUCAUGUGGAUGCCAAUUACGCAAAUGUGGACAAAUUUACUUAAUCCGGAUAACAUCAAAGGUUUAUCAGCUGUCUCAAUGUUGCUUGCUAUGAUUGGAAAUGGUCUUAUGAUUCCACGUGCGCUCUUUAUUCGUGAUUUCAUGUGGUUCACUGGUUCAGCAUGGGCAUCUAUCCUUUAUGGAUGGGGGAACCUUGUAUGCUUGUACUGUUUCAACAGCAUUAGUAGGGAAUUCUUCUUGGCAGCAACACUUGGACUAUAUGGUUGGAUAGGAACUGCUCUAUGGAGAGACACCAAAGUCUAUGGCUUCAACUCACCAUUGAGAUCUCUGAAGGAGUUGGUAUUUGGAAGUUAAGUGCUCCUUUUAGUGCUGCCAAAGCUAGCAAUACAUUUCUUUAUCAGAGGUCAAUUUAUUCUAGUGUUGGAAACAUAAUUUGGUUGUAUUCUUCUCCAACACACCCCAGUGAAAACAGUGCCUUCCCACGGAGAGACCAACGCUUGUCCUCAGACAGUAACUGCAGUAUUGCUAGAUUCACUAUUCGUUAGGUUUGAUAUUGGCACAAUGUCUUCAGAACUGAUGCAAUUCUUGAAGGCAGCUUAUAACAAUUUGUUUCCUUUUGUACUUUGAGAGUGGGGCUCUUAAGCAAGUUGCCAGAAGUUUUUAAUGAAGUAAUAAUAAGCUUGUUACAGUAGUGUUGUUGUCA